UACCCAGCCGCCGAGGUUUCCUCUGGUCUUCGGGCUGCCCCGGCCCCUCCUCCCCAGCCUCCCCUCCCACGGCUCCUGCUGGAGGCCUCGGUCCCACCCCGGCCGCUGUCCUCAGGCCUCAUUGGCCCUUUAUCUCCCCAGUAACCAGGCCACAACAGUGAGCUUGGAGGACCUGGGACAGGUCAGGCACUCCAGCAGGAGCCCCUCCUGCUUUGGCCAAGAUGCCGUUGGGACACUCUGCAGGGAGCACCCGCUCGGAGGAUGGAAGCGAGGCCUUCCUGGAAGGAAUGGUGGAUUGGGAGCUGAGCAGACUACAGCGGCAAUGCAAAGUGAUGGAGGGGGAGAGGCGGGCUUACAGCAAGGAAGUCCACCAGCGCAUCAACAAGCAACUUGAGGAGAUCCAGCGCCUGGAGGGGUUGCGAGAUAAACUUAAGGUGCAGAUCAGCGUCGCCCAGAGCCAGGUCAAGCGGCUGCGGGACAGUGAGAGGCUGGAGAACAUGGGCCAGCUGCUCAAGUGCCGGCUCCAGGUACAGGCCGAGGUCAAGGAGCUACAGGAGCAGACCAGAGCCCUGGACAAGCAGAUCCAGGAGUGGGAGACCCGGAUCUUUGCCCAUAGUAAGGAUGUCAGGGCCCCAGGACUCAUCCUGGAUCAGAAAGUCAAGAUCCGGCAAAGGAUCAAGAUCCUAGAAGACCAGUUGGACAGGGUCACGUGUCGCUUUGACAUCCAGCUGGUGCGGAAUGCGGCGCUGAGGGAGGAACUGGAUCUCCUGCGCAUUGAGAGGAGCCGCUACCUGAACGUGGACCACAAGCUGCAGAAGGAAAUCGAGCUUCUGCGACACAUGGUCAGCUCCCUAAUGGUCUCCUCGGCAGCUGCCUACACUGUCAGGGAGGAGGCAAAGAGCAAGAUAGGCUUGCUGCGGGAGAGGGCGGAGAAGGAGGUGGCCCAGAACGACUCGGAGGUGCAGAUCCUGCAGCGGCAGAUCGCGCACCUGGAGCAGCUACACCGCUUCCUCAAGCUCAAGAACAACGAUCGGCUGCCCGACCCCGCUGUCGUCGAGAAGCGCGAGAAACGCGCCCGCGAGGUGGCCGAGGGCCUCCGGAAGACUUCCCAGGAGAAGCUGGUGAUGCGCUGUGAGGACGCCAUGAACAAACUGUCCCAGCUGACCGGGGAACGCGACCCGGACAUGCUGGUGGAGAAGUACCUGGAGAUGGAGGAGCGCAACUUCGCGGAGUUCACCUUCAUCAACGAGCAGAACUCGGAGCUGGAGCAUCUGCAGGAGGAGAUCAAGGAGAUGCAGGAGGCCUUGGCGAGCACGCGCACCAGCGAGGAUGACGUGCGCGCGCAGCAAGAGCAGCGGCGGAGGGACUUGCAGCAGCGAGCGGACGAGGUGCACGCCGAGGCCGUCCGGGUCGAGGCCAGCUUCCAGGACCUUCGGGGCCAGCUGGAGAAGCUCAAGGCGGACAUCCAGCAGCUCUUCAUCAGGGCCCAGUGUGACAACACCAUCAUCAAGGACCUCCUGGGGGUCAAGACCCACAUGCGAGACCGGGACAUUGGCCUCUUCCUGGGCCUCAUCGAGAAGCGGCUGGUCGAGCUCCUGUCCGUGCAGGCCUACCUAGAUUUUCAGAACUACACCUCCCCGAGCUGGGUUAACACUGCCCUCCUGGUUCUGGGCCAGAGCCCUGAGGAUCUUCCAAAGAAGAUGGCCCUGCCUCAGCUCCCUGAGAACCAGGAGGACACCCCAGGCUUUGAGGCCAAAGAUGACGCUCCAAUGAGCGAGGAAGAGCUCCGGAGCCAAGUGACAAAGCUGCUGGAGGCUCGGGAGCUGGCUGAGGCCAUGAAGAAGGUCGAUAGCACCCCGAGCGUCCCCAGCCUCUCCGGUACCCAGAGGGUCACCUCCGGCUCACCCUCGGUGAUCGCCAAGAACCCCAGUAUCAUCCCCGGGUCCAUCCUGAGCCAGAGGACUAGUGGCAUCCUGGUGUCCAGUGGAGGCCAUGCCGCUGGUUCCAAUGUCGGCCGUGUCACCUUUGGUGACCCCGGCUCCAGCACAGGCCACGUGACCUUUGGUUCCGUCAGUGCCGUGGGAGCGCCGCUCUCCAGCCGGGGCUCAACGGGGGGCCGUGUGACCUUCAGAACCCCCAGCUCUACUAGCUACCUGGGGUCCACUGGAUACAUGGGGUCCAGCGGCGUCCACGAAAGCCAUGCAGGUGCGGAGAGCAGAGGCAUGGGGUCAGAAUCAAGUGGAGGCCUCGGGUCCAGCAGAGGCCAAGUCUCGAGCCCCGGCCCCACCUCCAGCACCAACAGGGGCUCCACCACCAGCAAAGACUAGGGCGCCCACCCUGCCCGUGGCUCCUUGCUAGCCUUCUCGGCAUUUCUGCCUCGAGGUUUCCCCGUGACUCUCCACGGCUCUCUUGCGCCACAUUUUUCUGCGCCUGCCCUGCACCUGCCCUGCACCGUGUCCCCGUCUGUUUCCAUCCGCUCCUCGCCAUGUCCUCAGCUCUGUUUCCUGGUCCCUUUCUGUUCCCAACCCUCCUUUUCCUUCCUGUCUCCCAAUUUCCUGUUCUCCUGGCUUCCCGUUCAGCGUGUCUCUGUACUGGGUUCGCAUCUCUCCCCCCAGCUCUGCCCUAACCCCUCCGGCUGUCCCCCCCGACCACCUCCUGUUUCUGCUUCCUCACCUCUAAUCCCCACUCCUGCAUCUGUCUUCCAGGCUCUCCUUGUACCUCAUGUCCCUGUCUCUGUAGCUCCUCCUUCCUCACCCUCCCCAGGAGCCCCCAGUACUGAGCAGCGGGGGGAGAAUUGGAGCAAUGAUGUCAGGGUCAGCAUGAGCUGUGAGCAGAGGAAAUAAAGGUCAGAGCCUGAGUUUGACCCCA